AGGUGAAGUUAAAGGCUUGAUGUCUUCAAUUGACUACAUAUAUCUUGCAUCAGAUGUUCAGGUCUUUUUCAAGACCAUAACGUGCCUAGGGUUGUAGUUAUUAGUCCAUUAUUUGAGGAUGGAAAAGGACCCAUUCACUAUCCACUCUUUAUCAGUUAGAUGUUUGGACCAAAUCCCAAUGUAUUAUUUGAUUGAUUAUUUACAUCAUAAAUCAAAUUUAGAGGCUAGCAUAUUCUAAUUUAUUUGA